AUGGCCACCGCGGAGCAGCCGCAGCCCCCCCGGGGCCUCGCCGAAGGAGCGGAGCCGGACCCCGGCAGCGGGUACGAGCCGGUGGUCCCGCACUGGUUCUACUGCAGGGUGACGGGCGGCAGGGAGCGGUGGGUCCCCUUCAGCAGCCAGGACUCGGAGCGGCUGGAAGAGGCGUACAGCUCAGGGAGAGCCCAAGAGGAGGUGGUGGUGCCCACCUCGGGGGGCAGGUACGACGUGCGGCUGCGGCAGAGGCAGCGCCUGGCGGUGUACUGGGAGGAGGCGGCGGCGGAGGUGCGGCGCUGCACCUGGUUCUACAAGGGGGACAAGGACAAUAAGUACAUCCCCUACUCAGAGGCCUUCAGUGAGGAGCUGGAGGAAGCUUACAGGGUUGCUGUGACCCAGGAUGAGUGGAAGAAGAAACUGGAGUCCCCCAGCAGGGAAGUCAUUAUCUUGCACAAUCCAAAGGCUCUUCCUGUUUACCAGCUGAUGGUGCACUACCAGCCAGUGGGCACCUCUGAUGAGUGGGGCUCCACUCCCACGGAGCAAGGGCGACCUCGAACUGUGAAGAGAGGAGUGGAAAACAUUGCUGCUGAGAUCCCCAACGGAGAGCCUCUGCAGAUCGACCACUUGGUGUUCGUGGUGCAUGGGAUCGGCCCAGCCUGCGACAUUCGCUUCCGGAGCAUCGUGCAGUGCGUGAAUGACUUCAGGAAUGUCUCCCUGAGCAUGCUGCAAGCACACUUCAAGAAGGCCCAGGAGCAGCAGCAGAUCGGCCGCGUGGAGUUCCUGCCUGUGAACUGGCACAGCUCCCUCCACUCCACGGGGGUGGAUGUCGACCUGGAGCGAAUCACUUUGCCCAGCAUCAACCGGCUGCGGCACUUCAUCAACGACACCAUCCUGGACGUCUUCUUCUACAACAGCUCCACCUAUUGCCAGACCAUCGUGGACACGGUGGCCUCGGAGAUGAAUCGCCUCUACCAGCUCUUCCUGCAGAGGAACCCCCUCUUCAAAGGGGGGGUCUCCAUCGCGGGGCACAGCCUGGGCUCACUGAUUCUGUUUGACCUCCUGACAAACCAGAAAGCUGCUCCUGAGGACGAGCAGAGGGUCUGUGGGGUGCUCCUGCUGUCCCCUCUCUCUCCUCUUGCUUCUGCCUGGGCCAUGGGAAGAGAGUCUAAAAUGCACAGGAGGAAAUAAGGGAGCAUAAAGCAUGGUCCCUGAUGGCUUUAUUCACAGGGGUCCAGGACAACCUCAAGCAACAGGGGUGUGGAGGAGGUAAAAGAAGUGCUGAGGAAGCUGGAGCUGUCUGAGUACUGUGAUCUCUUUGAGAAGGAGAAAAUGGACAGGCAGGCACUGUUCCUGUGUGUGCAGGAAAACCUGAAAGAAAUGGGAAUUCCCUUAGGACCAAGAAUGAAGCUGCUUAACUACAUCAGCUCCCAGAAGGAGAUGCAGGACCAGAGUGCAGCAGCAGCUCCUGGGCACAGCAAGGAGCAGGGAGCCAAGGCUGGGUCCCCAUCAGAGCAUGACCUGGGCAGCAGAGAGGGCAGCAGAGAGGACAGCAGAGAGGACAGCAGAAGCUGCCCCUACCGAGACGUUGGCUUAGGACAGGUCUCAGCCAACUACCCUCAGCUGAACUACAAACCCUCCAUCUUCUUUGCUUUUGGGUCUCCCAUUGGGAUGUUCCUGACGGUGCGAGGGGUGAAGAGGAUCGACCCCAACUACAGCCUGCCCACCUGCAAAGGCUUCUUCAACAUCUUCCACCCCUUUGACCCAGUGGCCUACAGGAUCGAGCCCAUGAUCGUCCCCGACAUGGAGUUUGAGCCUAUGCUGCUGCCUCACCACAAGGGCAGGAAGAGGAUGCACCUAGAGCUGAAGGAAGGGCUGACUCGCAUGAGUGUGGACCUGAAGAACAACCUGCUGGGGUCCCUGCGGGUGGCCUGGCAGUCCUUCACCCGCUCCUCCCUGCCCGCCCUGGAGGCAGCCAGCACUGACCCCGAGCUGGAGGCAGAGCCUGGGGCAGAGAAGCAGCCAGACACAAAGGCAGAGGAGCCUCCCCCGGCAGGGAAGGAAGAGCCUCCCCCCAUCAACGUGGGGAGGCUGAACGGGGGGAACCGCAUCGACUACGUGCUGCAGGAGAAGCCAAUCGAGAGCUUCAAUGAGUACCUGUUUGCCCUGCAGGGACACCUCUGCUACUGGGAGUCAGAAGACACAGUCCUGCUGGUGCUGAAGGAGAUCUACCAGACACAAGGCAUUACACUGGAUCAGCCCUUGCCAGGGAGCCAGUGACCAGCCUGUGCUCUUCUGGCUGCUGGAUGUAAGUCACCUUGCCUUUGGCUGCCCCAGGAUGCUUCAGAGGGCACCUGGGCCUUUUGAGGGAGUUGAGGUUGGAGUGGA